GGUAGCAUGGGAACAGUCAGGCCUGGUCUGGGAAAGGAAGCAGGCUGUCCAUUGCAGUUGCGUAAUAUAAUUAGCUCCGAGUUGCCGUGAUAAGACCAGAAGAGCACAGAGGCUGUGACCGCUUGGCCAGCUGUUCCUGAAUGAAGCAUCGAUAGCUGUUACGAACGAAAAACAACAACAUUAAUGCUUUUUCAGGAGCAGGUGAUUGGCCUACUGCCCAACCCCAGCACCUGGUAUUUCUAAACUGUCUCCAAUCCAAGUACUAACCAGGACCGACCCUGAUUAACUUCUGAGAUCGGACGAGAUCUGGCAGCAUGUGGGGAUUCGGCCAAAGGAUGUUUACUUCCUGCAUUCUGACAUUUGUCUUCUUCUGGACAGGGCUAUCACAGAAUGUUAUCCAUCCAUGUGACAAGCACAUGUUUGAUAGCAACAUCCACAUCUGCCGGUCAGCUUUUAACAAGAGCAUGGAGAAAAGCGGCUGCCAUCAAGCGUGUGCAUGGCCGGCUGUGAAACACAUCUACUAUGAUCUGAAGCUUUGUGCGGAUGUCUGGGCCACUGCUUCUUUGUGUCAGAGUCGGGGAUCUCUUGUGGACGACUUCUUCCAAGAGGUCCAUCAGAAAUACUUUGUUUCCUGUGGACAGGUCCAGGACCCGCCACUCCGGACGCUCGUCAUGCUAAUAGCUCCGGUUAUCACUGCCACACUCCUCAUGCCGCUUCUGUGCGUCAAACUGGUGACAUGGAAUAUCAUUUGAAUCACUGAGAUGCUUAUUUGACACGAGAAGAUGUUAUAGUCAUAUGUAAUUGUAGUCAUGUCUCAUAUUUUAAGGUUCAUUUUGAAGUGUCAGUUGGAAGUGUGUCUGUUCUGCAUCUAGUUAUCCUGUUACAGAAACUAAAGUAAAAUCUCCUUCAGUUUCAA